AUGCACAGGCGUUGGAUUGUGAUGAGUAGGUAUUUCAAUAUUCGUGUACAGGGAAGGGAGGGAGAAGUCUUCAAAAGAUACCAACGGCUCAAUCUGCCGCACCGUUUUGUCUUUCGAUUCUACAACGGGUCUCAACUUUUUUGCGUUCGGAAUCAGUUCAUCAAGAGAAUGAUUUAUUUUUCUUGUGCUUGUAGCAGCACCGCCGGCUCUACCAAGAUGUCUUAUUUUGGUAUAUAUGUAUAUCUCGAGGUAGUUCCAGAUAUAAAAACACACUGCUAG